AACAUCAUGCCAGGACAUAGACGCGCUCACAGAUUCCACAGGCAUCGGCGGUCAUUUCUCUCCCGAUCCCACAGAGCCGAGCUGCAGUUUCCCGUGAGCCGAGUGGAACGGCUCCUGCGGGAAGGAAGCUACGCGCAGCGCCUGAGUUCUGCGACCCCGGUGUUCUUUGCUGGUGUGCUCGAGUACCUGAUAGCGAACAUUCUGGAGAUGGCCAGUAACGAAGCCCACGUCAACCACAGAAUCCGCAUCACUCCAGAGCACGUGGAGAGCGCCAUGGACAACAACCCGCAACUCACCCGGCUCGUGGACGUGGCCAUGAUCGUGCCCGAGACGGAGAAGAUGGCCCCAGCAAAGAAGUGAAGACCCCCUGGCCCCAGAGACUGACCAGAGUCCUCACAGCCUCGUCCAGGCCCAAACCACUCCCAGCGGAAGG